AUGAGAGAUCAAAUUGAAGCAACAGAAUUACUGGCGUAUCCCGGUUAUUGUAAAUAUGAAUCACAUGAUAAUGAAGACAUUGAAGACAUUUUAGAAAAAGUGUACAUACCUAUAUUACGAGCAAUGAUUGAAAAAAAUGCUGAUUUAUAUCAAUUGGGAGAAGCUUAUUUAAAUCGCCGUGAAUGUCAAACGAGGGAUGAUUUGGAAAGAAGUUCCUUUUUAAUCAAGAAUUAUUACGAAUUGAACAAUUGCUGA